GUUGCCCGACCUACAAACAAAUUUAAUUUUCGAAUUUGGUAUUAUUUUUGGACAGUUGAGCUUUCUUAAAGUUGUUGAUGCGGUCACACAUUUAUUUACAUCAAACAUAUGAUGGGCACGCCGGAAUUAAAAAUAAUAUUAGAAUUCAGUGCAGGAGCGGAGUUACUAUUUGGUAACAUCAAACGCCGUGAACUGGUUUUGGACGGUAAUCAAAAAUGGACUAUUGCUAAUCUGAUUAAGUGGAUGCAUGCCAAUAUUUUAACGGAGCGUCCGGAACUCUUUCUUCAAGGAGAUACUGUGCGACCUGGAAUUUUGGUUCUCAUAAAUGAUACAGAUUGGGAAUUACUGGGCGAACUGGACUAUGAGCUGCAGCCCAACGACAAUGUGUUGUUUAUAUCAACCUUACACGGCGGUUAAAAAAUGUUCUAGAAACUAAAUUAGUAAUAGAGUUUAUUUUUAUACUGCUGCCAUUAAAGCGUAAUCAAAAAAGAAA